AUGUCCAACUGCAUUUUCUGUAAAAUCAUCAAGGGUGAUAUCCCUAGCUUCAAGCUCUUCGAAAGCGAAAAGACCCUUGCUUUCCUUGACAUUGGGCCUCUGAGCAAAGGUCACGCCCUUAUCAUUCCCAAGCAUCACGGUGCGAAGCUUGCCGAUAUUCCUGACGACCAGCUCACCGAGAUCCUUCCUGUCGUCAAGAAGAUCGUCAACGCAACGGGUGCCUCCGAUUAUAACAUUCUCCAGAACAAUGGCCGUAUCGCCCAUCAAGAAGUCGAUCACGUGCACUUCCACAUGAUCCCCAAGCCCAACAAGGAGGAAGGCCUAGGCGUUGGGUGGCCAACCAAGCCCGCCGAUAUGGACCAGCUAAAGGCUUACUACGAGGAAAUCAAGGCGAAGAUUUAG